GCAAAUCGUUCGUUAUUUUUCGUGUUCAACCAAAAAAAAAAAAAAAAAUGAAAAGCGUUUGUAUCUUAACUCAUGGUCUUCAAAACGAUUUUAUUUAUAAAUAUGUCAAAUUAAUCUGAUUGGAAAAAAAUGUGAUUGAAUUUGUCGGCAUUAAAAAAACUGGAUUCGGAUUUACGCACGUGAAUGAUUUAUAAAUCUAUUUUCGUGUAUAUUAAUGCGACGUACAACAAAAUCUCUUAAAUGUAAACCAGUUUCACAAAAUCACAAACAAAAAGUAACGAUGAAUUUGAAAUAUUCCGUCAAUCCGGAAUCUUCAAAAUGAUUUUUAUUAUGAUACAAAAGUAUACCGGACGUUAGUUCAUUAAGAACUGUUGCGGGUAUAACACACAUCGUUUUGUCUUUUGUCUUCUAUUUUAUUUACCUCAUAUCUUUUCGAAAAACACACAAUGUUGAAACCUAUCAGUGAAAUUAUUCCAUUUCUCGAAAAAUCGUUGAACGCAACGAUUUUGGAUUUUUCGGCGGUGCCAUUGACUGCAACUGGCGAUAAUUUCGGUAGCACUAUAAUGGCAAUUAAUGUAAAAGUUAAGCAAAACAUUAGCAACAAUUUAUUGAAUGAAGUGAAAAUGAUUCGUUUGGCUGUUAAAUUUCCGGUAACCGAUGGUCUGCUCACAUCAAUAUUUCAACCGACCAUUACGUGUGUGAAAGAGAACUCAUUUUACAUGGAGAUUGUGCCAGCACUAUUUCAAUUCCAGCGUGAAUGUGGUAUCACUGAUGAUAAUUUGAUUGAUAUUUUUAUACAAUGCUUAGGAGCACGUUUUUCACUCGAUACACAUCACAAAAUUGCCGACAAAAAUGCUCUUCUCGUUUUGGAAAAUAUCAAAUAUAAGGGUUAUCGAAUCGGCGAUCGAACAAACGGCUUUAAUAAGUAUGAUGCGGAAGUAAUGCUGGAGAAUAUAGCGAAAUUUCAUGCACUUCCAAUUGCGCUACGUGUGCUGAGACCGAGCGUAUUCGAAGAAAAAAUCAAACCAUAUUUGCAACGCAUCAACUUAUAUGAAGGAAUUGAUACAGAUGGCGAAAUAACAAAGAGUCUUUGUGGCAGCGUUAGCAAAGUUCAAGGGCUUGAUGAGAAUCUACGGCAGAAGGUAUUCAAACAGCUCAAACAAUGUAGCGAUCGGCGCAACAAGAAUAUUCUUGCAGAAGAUUCACCAUACACUGGAAUUGCGCACUGUGACCUAUGGACAAAUAAUAUAAUGUUCACAAUUGAUUCAUUUGGGCGAGCUGACAAAGUCAAAAUAUGUGAUUACCAAUUGAUGGCAUAUGAUUCAUUUGCUCACGAUUUGGUAUUCUUUUUAUUCACCAGCAUAGAUCGUUCAAUUCGAAAACAAUAUUUUGAACAUUUCAUUGAAUAUUAUCAUCAACAUUUUUAUAAUACAUUGGCAAUGCUGCGAUGCCCGCUUGAAGACUAUACAUAUGAGAAGUGUCGAUCGGAAAUCGAAGCAAAAGCAAAAUACGAACUUGAACACAUUUUAAAUAUGUUGCGAGUCAUAUUGGCAGACAAACAGUCCAAACCAGGUGAAUUGAAUGCUGAUUUCUUUUUCCGUGAUGACUUUGUCAGUCCGAAAUUCUAUGAUGUACUUUUUACACUUUUUACUGAAUUUGAGCAGCUUAACUUUAUUUAAUAUCAAAUUAAGGUCAUAAUAAAACAUUAUUCGCAGUUAUAAUGUGAAUUCGCGUAAAUAAUACGA